GUACGGUGAGUUUUAUGUAACUUUAUUGCUUAUUUUUUCCUGGUGAAGCUCAGAAAAGCCAAUAGCUGCUGCGUUUAGGGGCUGGUUGGUAAUAGCAGGAUGCAGUGCUUUCUGCAGCAGCCUGACCAUGGUGCCGUUUGCAGCCAGGCUGGGGCAGGUGUGUGCUGGUUGGGUGUGUGCCGGCCCGCUGCCGUGUAGAGAUGGAUGGCGGGGCUGGGGGAGCUGCGUGGUGAGUCAUUCCUGGGUUGGUAGCAUCACAAUUGAUCUCCGUUUCCUGUUGAUUCCAAAAUUACUGAAGUGUGAAAGCUGAGAGUGACCGAUGGCUCCUGGGGGGGAGUUGGAGGGAGGAAUGUGGAAGUGGCUCUGUGCAGUAAUUCGAUGCUGCCCGGGGUGCCGCAUGGGGAUGUCCAUGUGAGAACAGUUUGUGGGCCAAAUGUUGACAUUCGCAAUGAUAUCCAUGAGCUGAAACGUCUGGAGAACUGUACGGUAGUUGAGGGUUUCCUUCAGAUUCUGCUCAUCUCUAAGGCAGAGGAUUACCGCAACUUCCGCUUCCCGAAGCUCACUGUCAUAACUGACUACUUGCUGCUGUUCCGUGUGGCAGGCUUGGAAAGCCUCAGCGAUCUCUUCCCCAACCUCACAGUCAUUCGUGGGAGGAACCUCUUCUACAACUAUGCCUUGGUUAUCUUUGAAAUGACAAAUCUUAAGGAGAUUGGGCUUCACAAUUUGAGGAACAUAACCCGCGGGGCCAUACGGAUUGAGAAGAACUCUGACCUGUGUUACCUCUCCACAGUGGACUGGUCUCUCAUCCUAGAUGCAGUCUCUAAUAACUACAUUGUUGGAAAUAAACCGCCAAAGGAGUGUGGGGACUUGUGUCCAGGAACGAUGGAGGAGAAGCCGUUGUGCGAGAAGACCUCUAUUAACAACGAGUACAACUACCGCUGCUGGACCACCAACCACUGCCAGAAAAUGUGCCCCAGCUCAUGUGGCAAGAGAGCCUGCACGGACCAGAACGAGUGUUGCCAUCCCGAGUGCCUGGGGAGCUGCACAGCACCCGACAACAACACUGCUUGCGUGGCCUGCCGCAACUACUACUACGAAGGGGUCUGCAUGCCCACCUGCCCUCCCAACACCUACAAGUUCGAGGGUUGGCGCUGCGUGACCAAGGAGUUCUGCUCCAAAGUCCCUGCCACUGAAACAAGUGAAUAUGAGAGGUUUGUGAUUCACAACGAUGAGUGCAUGGCAGAGUGCCCCUCUGGAUUCAUACGCAAUGGGAGCCAAAGUAUGUUCUGCAGUCCUUGUGAGGGGCCUUGCCCCAAGAUUUGUGAGGAUGGGAAAACAAAGACCAUCGACUCUGUCACGUCAGCACAAAUGUUGCAGGGAUGCACGAUUCUCAAGGGGAAUUUGCUGAUCAACAUCCGUCGUGGAAAUAACAUUGCUUCAGAACUGGAGAAUUUCAUGGGUCUGAUUGAGACAGUAACAGGAUAUGUGAAGAUUCGCCAUUCCCAUGCAUUAGUUUCCCUGUCUUUCUUGAAGAACCUGCGGUAUAUUUUGGGAGAGGAACAGGUGGAUGGGAAUUAUUCUUUUUAUGUGCUUGAUAACCACAAUUUGCAGCAGCUGUGGGACUGGAACCAUCAUAACUUGACGAUCAAGGAGGGGAAAAUGUACUUUGCAUUUAAUCCUAAACUGUGUGUUUCUGAGAUCUACCGUAUGGAGGAAGUUUCUGGAACCAAAGGGCGACAGAGCAAAGGAGACAUAAAUCCAAGGAACAAUGGGGAGAGAGCCUCUUGCGAAAGCCACAUUCUGCGUUUUGUUUCCAACACAACACUGAAGAAUCGGAUUAAACUGACGUGGGAACGGUAUCGCCCUCCGGAUUACAGAGAUCUCAUUAGCUUCACUGUUUACUACAAAGAAGCGCCGUUCAAAAAUGUGACAGAGUAUGAUGGACAAGAUGCAUGCGGCUCCAAUAGCUGGAAUAUGGUUGAUGUUGACCUGCCACCAAACAAGGAGAAUGACCCUGGAAUUUUACUGCAGGGAUUGAAACCUUGGACUCAAUAUGCUAUUUAUGUCAAGGCUGUUACCCUCACAAUGAUGGAAAACCAUCACAUUCAUGGAGCAAAAAGUGAAAUUGUUUAUAUACGAACCAAUGCUGCAGUGCCAUCCAUUCCCUUGGAUGUUAUUUCAGCAUCCAACUCCUCUUCCCAGUUAAUUGUGAAAUGGAAUCCUCCCUCUCUUCCCAAUGGCAACCUCUCAUACUAUAUUGUACGAUGGCAGCAGCAACCUCAGGACAGUUACCUUUACAGACACAAUUACUGCUCCAAAGAUAAAGUCCCAAUUCGAAGAUAUGCUGAUGGGACCAUUGAUACAGAAGAAGCUACUGAACCCACCAAGCCAGAGGGCUGUGGGGGAGAAAAAGGACCUUGUUGUGCUUGUCCCAAGACAGAGGCAGAAAAACAAGCUGAGAAGGAGGAAGCAGAAUAUCGGAAAGUCUUUGAGAACUUCCUUCACAACUCCAUCUUUGUCCCCAGACCUGAUCGGAAGCGGAGGGAUGUGUUCCGAAUCGCAAAUGCCACUUUGGCCACUCGAAACAGGAACACAACUGGGACAGAUCACUUCACCAAUGUGUCUGACACAGAGGAGAGUGAGGUGGAAUACCCGUUCUUUGAGACCAAAGUGGAUGGCAAGGAGAGAACUGUGAUAUCCCAUCUCCAGCCUUUUACUCUUUACCGCAUUGAUAUUCACAGCUGCAACCAUGAAGCUGACACGCUUGGUUGCAGCGCUUCCAACUUCGUCUUUGCAAGAACCAUGCCUUCAGAGGGAGCAGAUAACAUUCCAGGAACAGUAGCAUGGGAAGCAAAAGAAGAAAAUACCGUCUACCUGAAGUGGUUAGAGCCUACAAAUCCGAAUGGGCUGAUAUUAAUGUAUGAAAUCAAGUAUGGGCAGCAUGGAGAGGAGAAGCGAGAAUGUGUUUCCAGACAGGAAUACAAGAAGCUUGGAGGGGCGAAGCUGACUCAUCUGAACCCCGGAAACUAUUCUGCUAGAGUUCAGGCCACGUCGCUGGCUGGAAAUGGGUCAUGGACUGAGCCAGUCUCUUUCUACGUACAACCCAAAUCAGCAAACUAUGACAACUUCCUCCAUUUGAUAAUUGUGCUCCCCAUUGCUUUCCUGCUCAUCAUUGGGGGUUUACUGAUAAUGCUGUAUGUCUUUAACAAAAAGAGAAACAGUGACAGACUGGGCAAUGGAGUCCUUUAUGCGUCCGUGAACCCUGAGUACUUCAGUGCUUCAGAUGUGUAUGUUCCAGACGAAUGGGAGGUGCCCCGCGAGAAGAUCACCAUGUGCCGGGAGCUUGGGCAAGGCUCUUUUGGGAUGGUGUAUGAGGGAAUAGCCAAGGGAGUGGUGAAGGACGAGCCGGAGACACGGGUGGCCAUCAAAACGGUCAAUGAGUCCGCAAGCAUGCGUGAGAGGAUAGAGUUCUUAAAUGAGGCCUCGGUGAUGAAGGAGUUCAACUGUCACCAUGUGGUUCGCUUGCUAGGUGUUGUUUCUCAGGGCCAGCCUACCCUAGUUAUCAUGGAGCUGAUGACACGUGGGGACCUCAAAAGUUAUCUGAGAUCAUUGAGGCCAGACACGGAGAGUAAUCCUGGCCAAGCACCUCCGACUCUGAAGAAGAUGAUUCAAAUGGCAGGAGAGAUUGCUGAUGGGAUGGCAUACCUCAACGCCAACAAAUUUGUUCACAGAGAUCUCGCUGCGAGAAACUGCAUGGUGGCAGAAGAUUUCACGGUCAAAAUUGGAGAUUUUGGCAUGACAAGAGAUAUCUACGAGACAGAUUAUUACCGGAAAGGAGGGAAGGGUUUGCUGCCCGUCCGCUGGAUGUCCCCGGAGUCACUGAAGGAUGGAGUCUUCACAACGCACUCCGAUGUCUGGUCUUUUGGUGUUGUACUUUGGGAGAUCGCAACGCUAGCGGAGCAGCCGUACCAAGGCAUGACCAAUGAGCAAGUGCUCCGCUUUGUGAUGGAAGGAGGUCUGCUGGAAAAGCCAGACAACUGCCCUGAUAUGCUGUUUGAACUGAUGCGCAUGUGCUGGCAGUACAACCCGAAGAUGAGGCCCUCCUUCCUGGAAAUCAUCAGCAGCAUUAAGGACGAGCUGGAUCCGGCGUUCAAAGAGGUCUCCUUUUUCUACAGUGAAGAGAACAAACCUCCGGACACAGAGGAGCUUGACCUGGAGACUGAGAACAUGGAGAGCAUUCCUUUAGAUCCCUCCUCUACCCUCCAACCCACUGACAAGCACUCAGGACACAAAGCCGAGAACGGCCCGGGCGUGGUGGUCCUUCGGGCCAGCUUCGAGGAGAGACAGCCGUACGCACACAUGAACGGGGGACGCAAGAACGAGAGGGCCUUACCGCUGCCCCAGUCUUCGGCCUGCUGAUCCUUAGAACCAGAAUCUCACAGAAACAACACGCAGAAAAACGCGUCUAUGGGGGGAAGAAAGAAAGAAAAUUACAAUAUAUUCAAAAGCCCUACUGUACCUCAGUGGAUCUUCAGAACUGCCAUAGCUGCACUUGGGAGAACCCUUUUUUUCAGUCAACAAGUUACCGUUUUUUUUCUUUUUUUCAAUAUGCAAGCAGAUGUUUGUUUCAGUAAAGGACUCCAUUCAUGGGGCACACAGUUGGCCUUUUAAAACUCUAAUGUUAACACUUAAUAGCAACAGAAAACUUGAGAUUUGAUGUCUCUCUCUCUCUCUCUCUCUCUCUCUCCUCUCUCUUUCUUUCUGUCUGUCUUUGCUUCAUAAUGGGAAACAUAUCUGCGUGCAAGUUCAACCGUACGGCACUUUUAUCAGAUCAAAGAUAUCGCAGGCCAGGUGGCUCCCUGCUCCCCUGCAAGCACCUGCCUAACACUGUAGGUCUUUAUUUAAAAAAAAAAAAAAAAGGAAAAAAAAGAAAAAAAAAGAAAAACAAAAAAACAACACAAAACAAACAAAAAAACCACAAAAAACCCACAAAAAAAAACCAACAAAAAAAUUAAAAGACUGGAUUUUUAAUGUUGCUCUUUAAACUUUUUAGAAACGUGUAAAAGAAUAAAAAAGGGCCAUCAUUCGUCCAAGGUUGUUACCAUUUUCAACGCUGCCAAAUUUUGCCAAAAAAAAUGAACUCUUUUUUUGUUUGUUUGUUUGUUUUUUUUGUAGGCAUGGAAGGAGCACAGUAAUCAACUGCUCUGUUUAAGAGAGAUCCUGACCAAUACGUUCUAUUCAAUCAUACACUGGUAUUUAAAAAAAAAAAAAAUCAAAUUGCCUAGGUUCUUUUUUUCAAAACUGGAUAAAAUGUGAUCAUUUUUUUUCUUGUGAUGGAGAAGAUAAAAGGGAUGGAGUAAGGAGACAGCCCUCCCUCCACCCCGUGGCCAUCCCGAUGAAUUCUGGACAAAACUGGCAGUGGUGAGCUAAACCAACACACGCAUUUGGUACAAAAAAAGUCAACCGCACGCCAAAAAUGAGAUGUGAGAAACACGAAAAAAGCGGCAGAGAUCUCCAUCGUUGCAGCCUGCCUCCCGUCACAGGCUUGCAGGGAAAAAGCACCAAUAAAACAAAAAUUGGAGAAGACAAAAAAAAGCAGUAACCGGAUUCAAGUAUAUAAUGCUUUGUUGACCUUUUCUCUUUAUUAUUAAGACUUCUCGAAGGGUCUUGCAGUUCUAUGUUAGACCAUGGAUCAUUUGCAUACACAUUGUCUUUUGUGUCACUUUUAUAACUUUUUUACGGUUCAGAUACUCAUCUAUAUGUCUGUACAGAAAAAAGCUGCUAUUUUUUUUGUUCUUUAUCUUUGUGGAUUUAAUCUAUGAAAACCUUCAGGUCUGCCCUUCUUCCCUUCCCUUCCCUCCCACUUCAACAAAUUUUCUUAUGCUUUGUACUAUAGUGUGUAACUCUUACUUCUUCCUUCCCAGUAACUGAUACCUUUCAUAUGAUUUGCCAUGAACUGUUUAAUGCCUUUUUAUAAAUACAUUUCCUCCUCUUUUUU